AUGAGUAAAUAAGAUGGAUGAAGUUCGCUGCUCCAGUCUUGUGUGCUUUAUUGCUGCUUAUUAACUCCUGUCAGAUACCACACAUUCAUGUGCAAGUGCUCUCAAGAUAGUUACACUAGUGUACUUUUUACUGCAUUCUGUUAAUACAUUUCUAUGUCUUAGUGCAUAUUGUAAUGUAUGAUGUGCAUCUGAGACUGCUCCAGCAGACAUGUUUUUUUCUUUUUCUUUUUUGAAUUGUUGUUGACCACUCACAAUUCUAACAAUGAACACUUUUGGUCUUGUCACAAACUCGAGUGAUGUGUUCACCAGUUGGAAUAUUUUGGACUUACAUUACAAAAACAUGUUCUGAGAGAAAAAAAACAAAACAAAAACAAGUAUCUGCAUGCAGCAGGUCAUAAGCGGAUUUGCUGUGUUGACAAACAGAAAGCUGCUUGGUUUGAAAGUGACUUCUGUGUGAGCUGUGCUUCAUGCAUCACUACACUACUGACAACAGACAUUGGACCUUUUUUGAUCACAUAAUUUUGCUAAUGUGACCUCAUCCUUUCUCUUAAAAUUGCAAUGAUUGUAUAGUCUUGCGUUGCCAGACCUUCAGACUGAUGGCAGGUCUGGACUCUAUCGCAGCUUUCAUUGGCCAAGGACCGCCCAAGAGGACAUUUGACUGACAUGUAACGCAACCAAUCACAGUUCGUUUUGUUCCGCAUCAUGUUUAGGGCCGUAAAAAAUGUAAAGUCGAUGUCUCUGCAAUCACUGACUGGUGUGCAUCUAUAAAUUAUUAAUUCAAGAACGUUUUGCAAGUUUACCUCAACAAUGGAGCCACAAACUUCACAUACUUUUGAAAAUCCAGUGUUUAGUUGAUCCUGGUAAGCGCUUGUAUACAUGACCACGUUCUUCUUCCAUGAGGGGGUUUAGCAUCACGGCAUUUGUUUCCAGGCGGACCGUUAAAAAAUGCGACACACGCGUCUCCCGGACAUCCUGUAUUCAACCAAAUUCAACCAACCAGAUGAUGACUUCGAAACUCCUGAAGUGUUUCCAGAUAAAUGUGCCAUCAGACGUUCAGCCAAUGGUGCCUUCUGCAUACCCGUGUAUAUGCCCUACAUCUUGACAGGGAAAUGGAUGCUGGGUAAAGGACUUUGCAAGCUGUGGCUUGUCGUAGACUACCUUCUCUGCACUGCUUCUGUCUUCAACAUCGUACUUAUCAGCUAUGACCGUUAUCUCUCAGUUACAAAAGCGGUAUCUUAUCGUGCCAAGCAAGGAAUGAUCCACUUUGCUGUGGUGAAGAUAGCAGCGGUUUGGAUUCUGGCCUUCCUUCUCUACGGACCAGCCAUCUUAUUCUGGGAGCAGCUGACAGGCAGGAGUCGCGUACCAGACGACGAGUGUUUUGCUGAGUUCUACUACACCUGGUACUUCCUGCUUUCUGCUUCAGUGGUCGAGUUUUUCUCACCUUUUUUAUCCGUGGCUUUCUUCAACAUCAGCAUCUACCUCAGCAUCCGUCAGAGGAGACUCGGCAGUAAAAAAGAAUCCUGUCCUCCAAAAUGCCAGGAUGCUGCAGCUCUACAGGGGAAGAAGACCCGCAUGAGCGUACGAAUCUGCUGGAACUCACAGAAACUCAAAAAGACAAGCACUUCAGAUAGCGAGAAGCGCUCGAGAGCGACGGUCUGUCAAUGCGGUGUGUUCAGCGCUCACGUCUAAGGCAGGACAAGAAGAUUGCUAAAUCUUUGGCAAUAAUCGUGUGUGUUUUCGCAGUGUGCUGGGCACCGUACACUCUGUUAAUGAUUGUGCGAGCGGCGUGUAGAGGUGACUGUGUGGCACAUCACUGGUAUGAGAUGACGUUCUGGCUGC